AUGAGCUACACAAAGUUGCGCGCCGAGCAAAGGCUCGCCGAGGAAGAGGAAAAGGCUCGCGUUGAAAACGAAAAGGCAGAGGAAAAGCGCAAAAAGAAGUGGAAGAAGAAGGUCCUGAGCAAAGAGGAGCGCGAUGCAAAGGCAAAGGAUCUUGAUCGGCUUCUUGCUCAGAGUGCAGCUUUCAGCAGCAUCCUGACUAACAAGACAAAGGUUCUUGGUCGUGUGGGAACUGGUCUGGAUGGAAAGAUUCUUGGUGAACAUGAGUUGACCAUGGCAAAACAGCCCAAAUGCGUUGUCGGCGGUACCAUGAGAGACUACCAACUGGAGGGACUGACAUGGAUGUAUGAGAUUUGCGUCCAGGGCAUGUCUGGCAUCCUGGCUGACGAAAUGGGUUUGGGCAAAACUGUCCAAACGAUUUCCCUAAUAGCGCUGUUACGUGAGCAGGAGAACUACUUGGGGCCUCACCUGAUAGUUGCUCCUCUCAGCACCUUGUCUAAUUGGAUCGAUGAAUUCCAUCGUUGGGUGCCCUCCAUCCCGGUUGUCAUGUAUCAUGGCACCCCUCAAGAGCGUCAGGAUAUCUUCAGAACCAAGCUCAUGCACCAUCUUCACGGCGGCAGACCGACCGAAAAGUUUCCUGUCGUCUGUACAAGCUACGAGAUGGUCCUCAAGGACCGAGCCAAUCUCUCCAAGAUCAACUGGGAGUUUAUCAUUAUCGAUGAGGGUCACCGCAUGAAGAACUUCAAUUCAAAACUGUUCAGGGAACUCAAGACAUUCACUUCAGCCACUCGCAUUCUCAUGACCGGCACCCCAUUACAGAACAAUCUGAAGGAGCUUUGGUCACUUCUAAACUUCCUCUUACCAAAGAUCUUUAGAGAUUGGGAGGCCUUCGAAAGUUGGUUCGAUUUCAGCGACCUUGAAGAUGAGGAAGGAACUGAAGAGUUCAUUGCCGACAAGACCAAGCAGGAGCUUGUCAAGAAGAUGCACGUGGUCCUUCAGCCCUUACUUUUGCGGCGAGUAAAAUCUGAUGUCGCCAAAUACUUACCAAAGAAGCGCGAAUAUGUCUUGUAUGCGCCCAUGACAAAGGAGCAAACCGAUUUGUACAACGUCAUCAACGAUAAACACAUCGAUACCCGAUCAUAUCUGGAGAGUAAAGUAGUCGAGCGCCUUACUGGAGCCACAGCCAGCACCGCAUCAUCACCAAGGAGUACCUCUCGCUCUUCCAAGGCAAACAGCGUGAAGAUGGAGUCUGAUAGUCUCAGCGACUCAGGAAGCUUCACGACCAAGACCAGCGCACUUACUCUCCAGGAAAAGGAAUCAAGUCCGCUAGCCAAGGAUGCUUUUGCACUAAUGAUGGGCAAACGGACACGAGGUCGUCCGCGCAAGGCUCUUUCUGUGUCCGAACCUCCUGCGGAAGAGACAACACCAGUCAAAUCCACCACAACAGGCACAAAGAGGAAGGCCGCACCGGUUGUAGAGACUCCGGCACCAAAGAGCGCAAAAUCAAGCAGACAGUCUACGCCCAUGAGCACUCGGAGCCGGAGUCGGCGAGGAAGGCGGUCGUACAAAGAAGCAGACUCUGACGAGGAACUCCUCGAUGACGAUGAGUUCGAGAAGAAGCUGGUCAAAGAGGUCGUGGAGGACGAUGUACAAGACAUGGAAGUUGACCUCGACGCCGAGGAGAUUAAGCGCGCCCAAACUCUUGAUCUAGCCAAGAAGGAAAUUUCCAACAAGAAGCUCGGAAACCCACUUAUGCAGCUCCGCCUCGUCUGCAACAGUCCGCACAACUUCUACAAUCCCUGGUCCAACUCGGACCAGCCCAUCGACGAGAGCAUUGUCACCGCCUCCGGCAAGAUGCUCUUGCUGGACCGGCUCCUCCCCGCCCUCUUUGAGCGGGGCCACAAGAUCCUCAUUUUCUCCCAAUUCAAGACUCAGCUGGACAUCCUCGAGGAAUACUGCCGCGAGCUACGUUCAUGGGACGUCUGCCGCAUCGACGGAGGCGUCGCCCAGGACGACCGACGAGCGCAGAUCGAGCAGUUCAACACGGAUCCGGACGUCAAGAUCUUCCUGCUGUCUACCCGCGCCGGUGGGCAGGGUAUUAACCUUGCCAGCGCCGACACGGUUAUCCUGUUCGACAGCGACUGGAACCCGCAGCAGGACCUGCAGGCGCAGGAUCGGUGUCACCGUAUCGGACAAACGCGGCCCGUGGUAGUGUACCGGCUGGCCACCAAGGGCACAGUGGAGGAGGAGCUGCUUAUGAGUGCGGACGCCAAGCGCCGGCUCGAAAAGCUGGUCAUCAAGAAGGGCGGGUUCAAGACUAUGGGCCAGAAGCUGGACCUGCGCGAGGAGGGACUGGAUCGGGAGACGCUGCGUGCGCUGCUGCUGAAAGAUGGGCAGGUGUACAAGUUCAGCGGCGACAAGGAGAUUCUGAGCGAAGAAGAUCUGCGGGUGUUGUGUGACCGGAGUGAUGAGGCAUAUGCGAGCGCGGCGAAGGGUGAGGGCAAUGCGGAUGGGUGGAAGGUUAUUGAGACGCAGGCGGAGGGGAUUAGAACGGCGGGUGAGAAGAAAAAGAGGUGA